UCGGGUUCCACAGACUCCGCCAUCAAGAUGCAUCAAGAGGAGGGGUUCAGCUUCUGUCCGCCAGACUCCUACUCGGACCUGGACAGCAGCUUCACCAGCUCGACGACGUCGGCUUCCACUUUAAGUGCCCGCAGCAGCCUUAGCCUACCGUCAUUCUCGACCUCCUCCUCCUCCUCCUCCUCAUUUGCUAUUAAGCCACUUCCCCGCAACUCCUCCGAUCCACACUGGUCCGCGCUUCGCGCAGUCGGCAACCUCUCCCCUGAUGGCCUCCUCCACCUCCACCACUUCCGCCUUAUCCGCCCCCUCGGCUCGGGCCACCUUGCCCGCGUCUUCCAUUGCCGCCUCAACGGCUUCGAUGACGACCGCUCUCCCGUCGAAUUCGCCCUGAAGGUCAUUGACCUCGAUGCUCUCUCCCGCUCAAAGGCCGAUUACUCUAAGCCCGAUAACGACAACGAUGAUGAGGAUUGCGGCGACGACGGCGGGAAGACGUGGCACGUGUCGGCGGAGGCGCGGGCUCUGGCGGAGAUGGACCACCCGUUUCUGCCGACGCUGUACGCGCGGCUCGACGCCUCCCACUAUGCUUGCUUCCUCAUCGACUACUGCCCCGGAGGCGACCUCCAAUCCCUCCUCAGCCGCCGCCGCGGCAACCGACUACCGCCGGCGGCCGCUCGGUUCUACGCCGCCGAGGUGCUUCUCGCCCUCGAGUACCUCCACGCCCUCGGCUUCGUCUACCGCGACCUCAAGCCCGAAAACAUCCUCCUCCGUGCUGACGGCCACGUCAUGCUCUCCGACUUCGACCUCUCCUUCCGCUCCCACGUCUCCCCCGCCCUCCUCCGCCGUAGCCGCCUCCCGCGCCGCAGGAGCCGCUUUCUCUGCUGCCGCUUCGGCGGCGGCGGGGCCUCCGGAGAGGGCGAGGAGCUCGAGUUCGUGGCCGAGCCGUCGUCAGCCUUCUCGAGGGCGUGCGUCGGGACGCACGAGUACCUGGCCCCGGAGGUGGUCAGCGGAAGCGGCCACGGCAGCGCCGUCGACUGGUGGGCGUUCGGAGUGUUCCUAUACGAGCUCUUGUAUGGGCGCACGCCCUUCAAGGGCGCCACCAAGGAGGCGACGCUGCGGAACAUCCUGACGCGGGAGGUGAGGUUCCCGGAGACCAUCAACGGCGGCGACGAGGCCGAAAUGGCCAAGGCGAAGGAUCUGAUCACGCGGCUCCUAGUGCGGGACCCGGCUGCGAGGAUGGGGUCAGCCGCUGGGGCCACGGAGAUCAAGCGGCACCCCUUCUUCGAGGGCUUGUGGUGGCCGCUGAUCCGCUGCGUCCGGCCCCCGGUGGUCCCGGGUCCCGCCGGCGGGCCACGGGUGCAAGCGGCCACCGAGGGCAGUGGGCGAUGGUUGAGCGGUUGGAGGAAGAGUAGUAACAAUGAUAAGAUAAGCAACAGGAAGAAGAGGGGAACUAAACCGGGGCUUGGCUUUGGGUUCAGGGUGCGAUCUCAGAAGAAGGGGACUAAGGAAAGGAGUGGUGGUGCUUGAUGUGUUUGCUCUUACGAGGAGUUUGUACAAAGUAAAUGAGUUGCAGUUUCCAGAAACGUGAUGGUGAUGAUGAUGAUGAUGAUGAUGUAUCUUUUUACUGUACAAAAGUUAUCAGACUAUUUGGUGCAAAAUGUUAGGGAGAUUUAUGAUGUCUGUCAAAGAUCACAUUGUGCAAUCUUAGACAUGAUAGAAAUGUUGCAUAAGAUAUUGGAGUCUUAUGCAACAAACAUAGAGGUCUCAGCCCAAAGUGUGGAAGAUCAAACCAGCCCAAAUUCCUACACCAAAAACAAUUUGCAGCCAAUUCGACAUCUUAUUUUUGAGUAAUAA